AUGGGCAGAGCAGAGUCCUUAAAUUCCAAUUUUUACCAUCUCCUUGAAGAAAUCUUAAUUCAGAUCCUUGUCAGACUGCUGGUAAAAUCACUACUUCGAUUCAGGUCAGUCUGCCAACAUUGGUAUUCUCUAAUUGGUGACUCUGCUUUCAUUCAAGUACAUCUCAAAACCUCAAGCCAAAACAGUUACAUCAUCCUCAGAAACUACCAAUCUCAAGCCAAAUACUUGUACUCAAUACGUUAUGAUGAUGAAUCUUUUCGUGAGUAUUUUGAACCCCAGCUUCCCUCACACAUCCUCCAACAAUCUUUAUCGCUGCACGGUUCCUGUAAUGGGCUCAUAUGCUUGUCUAAUGUAAGGGGCACCAUAUGCUUAUGGAACCCAGCACUUAGAAAACUAAAAACCCUACCUAAAUCUCUAAUUAUCAACUCCACUUCCAAAUUGGAUCUUUAUAAUAGGAGUACUACCCAUGUAGCAUUUGGGUUCCACCCGGGAGUUAAUGACUACAAGGUAGUCCGGAUUAUAUCCUACAAGAAUGGAUACCUAACUGAGGUUUAUAGUCUAAGCACGGACUCCUGGAGGAGAAUUGAUGUUGCCCCUUCAUGUUUUUUUGUUUGUUGGAAACCUGCAAUCGUGAAUGGAGCUGCAUAUUGGGUUGUGAAGAAAACUGAGGAGGGUUCUUGUUAUCUACUUGUGCGUUUCGAAAUGGGUGAUGAAGUUUUUGAAGAGGUAAUGCUACCAGAUGGUGCUCGGGGUUGUCAUCAGUACAAUAUUGCAGUUUUGGGGGAAACACUAUAUCUUUUCGGAAAGUGUCGCUUUAACAGGUGGUGUGAGUUAUGGACAAUGGAGUGUGGCAAAACAGAUUCUUGGACAAAACGAUUUACUGUUGAUGUCGGUGUUGAACCUAGGAGAGUGCUUUGCUUGAGAAAGAGCGGUGAUCUGCUAGUAGCAGACCACGAGAGCAACCAGCUGCUGACUUAUAAUAUUGAGACCCAAAGAGAUAAGGAUUUAGGAAUCCAUGGAUGUUCAUUAUGCGCGUAUUCAUAUGUGGAGAGUUUGAUUCAACUUUGA